CACCGAGCGAGCCUCCCUCCCGGCGGCCGGAAGAGCCGGGUCGGGCCGGGCGCAGGCGCAGCCCGGGACCCAGGAAGCGCCGGAGCCCAGAGUGCGCAGGACGGAGCCUGAGAGCGAGAGAAAGAGCGAGAGCGAGCUGCGGGUAAGAGGAUCUGAACAGAGUACACAUAUUAAACAUGGAAGAAGAAGAUGACUAUAUGUCUGAUUCUUUUAUUAAUGUGCAACAGGAUGUCAGGCCAGGAUUGCCAAUGGUGAGGCAUGUGAAAGAAGCUAUUCAAAAAGAAGAAAAGCAGAGGGAAGCUAACCAGAAAAAUAGACAAAAGAGCCUAAAAGAAGAGGAAAGAGAGAGACGUGACACUGUGUUGAAAAGUGCUUUAGGAAACGAAAACAAAGGCUUUGCUUUGCUCCAAAAGAUGGGGUACAAAAGUGGGCAGGCCCUUGGCAAAAGUGGAGAAGGCAUUGUUGAGCCUAUUCCUCUGAACAUUAAAACAGGCAGAGGUGGGCUUGGUCAUGAAGAAUUACAAAAGCGGAAAGCAGAAGAAAGGCUAGAAAACUACAGAAGAAAGAUUCAUAUGAAAAAACAAGCAGAUGAAGAUGCUGCAGAUCAGUUUAGAAUGAGAUUCAAAAGCAAACAAGAAGAACGUAAGAUAGAAGGGGACCUUAGAAAAAGCCAGAGGGCCUGCCAGCAAUUAGACACACAAAAGGAUAUUAAAGUGCCCAAGGAGAUUUGGUACUGGACAGAACCUGAGGAAGAAGAAAAUGAUCAAGAGGAGGAAGAAAAGGAUGAAUACAAAGGUUCAGACUUAAGUGUAUUAGAGAAGUUACAAAUCCUGACUGCCUAUUUAAGAGAAGAGCAUCUUUAUUGUAUCUGGUGUGGAACAGCAUAUGAGGAGGCUGCAGAUUUAUCUUCAAACUGCCCUGGAGAUAGUUCAGCAGAUCAUGACUAAAAUCUUCAUAAUAAAAGGAACUCUGGAAAAAUAUUGUUGAUUCACAGCAGUAUUUUAAAAUCUCUCCAUGGGACAUCAAGAAUUCACACAAGUACUGCUGGUGGAAAUACAUAUUGAAAGGUUCAGAGCACACACUUUUGAAAGCACAGAAGCAGUUGUAGAUUUUAGAUUUUUUUUAAAGUGAAGCUAGUCAUUGAACUCACUAUUUAAUAAGAAUUACAGAUUUACAUACGUACUUAAUGCUAAAUAAUUUAGGUGCAGGCAGGAGUUUUGCAGAUUUCUACCAAACUAAAAACUGCAAUUCCAGUCUUGCACCUCAGAGGACAGGCACCUAACUGCACCAAAUUGUUAUGGUUUAUGAUAUCUGUACACCUCCAGUUGGAGGUACCUAGGUUCAUACUGCUAAAUUCGUGUGUGUGUGUGUGUGUGAUUGUGGACAGAUGGAGAUUUGAAAUGGACAGUACUUGACUUUGUAACCAACAUUUUAAAGGCUUCCUUUGGGGGAAAACACUGCCCUUCCUUUCCCACAUAACAUAAAGCAUGGAGUAGAGGAUAAUCAGUUGACAGUGAAUAUUGGUUAAGUCUUUAUAGUAUACAGUGUUAGACACGUCAUUUAAUAUGUGUCCUCCAUGAGGUUAUCUGAUUUGAAUCUUAAGUUUAUUUUUUGUCAACAUAAUCAGCCAGAUAUGUGAACUCUGCUGGUUGAAAAUAGUCUGACCUUGCACAAAGUAUUUGGCUUCAUCAAGCUCUAUUGCUUAAUGUAAAUAUGGAUGUUUGUAUAGAAACUCUAAAUUUCAUCCAUGUAGUGGGUAUUUUUAAAGUGUUUUGUUCAUAAUUAAACAGCUUUUUGUAACUAUCUUUUUGUCCAACU